AUGGUGUCACAUUUUGAAGCAGAAGAACAGGAUGAUUUCGAUGAUUUGGCUGUACCUGUGCCCGAUGAAGAGCAAACAGUUCAGAAAAACUCCGUAGUUGCCAUGUAUACAGUACCCGGAACAUCCGAAAGAUAUACUUUGUCUGAUAAAGAAGAAAGUAAACAACAUCAACAACUUUCUAUAGAGAUAUCACUUACUAAGUUAUUUAAAUGUAUGUCUCUAGCAUACAGACAAAAACUAACAUCACCCAAAUGGAAUCGUUUCAAAGGUAUAAAACUCCGCUGGAAGGACAAAAUCAGACUCAACAAUGUUAUUUGGAGAUGCUGGCACAUGCAAUUUAUAAAGAAACAAAACACUUUUGUGUGCCAGUUCGCAUCUCCUUUAGACGUUGACACCCACGUGAAGCCAGAGACAACGAUAUUGGAAGGCAAAUAUUGGAAGAGAAGAGCGGAGGCAGUCAUAGCAGAGUAUAAAAAAUGGCGCAUGUUUCACAUUAUGAGGCUCUUUGGCAAGGGGGACACCUCUGUCCAAGACACUAUGUCGGACAUGGACACCGUGGAAUCGUUCUCGCAGUGCAGCGACCUGGCGGCCAACAUGCUCACCGACGAGGACUACCUCAACUUCAUGAGUGACACCCUCUUUUCGACCAUCACUAACCAUCAACCGUUCGCCUUCCCUGAUUGCAGGGAGAUCGCCAGAGGAGCUGGUCUAGCUGAUUUCAUUCAACCAAGCUUGGGUCCUUUGCAACCUAAUCUUGAUGAUUUUAUGGACACAUUAGAACCUCUACAAGAACUCCUAUCGACGCCUCGUCUACCUCCCGUACCAGAAGAGACGGCUAUUCCUUCGGACGACGGAUUAUACAGGAGCGGAAUGUCAUUAGAUUCUUACAAUCCACAGGGUUAUAUUGCAGGCUGUCCAAACACUUCUGCAGUCACAAUGCCCACCAGUCAGAUGACCAUUCAUGGUACGAGUAACAAUACUCAGUUGAUGUCGAUCCCCGCACAAGCGAAGGGCGAGGAGAUGCGAAUGUUUGAUAACGGCAGGCUGUUCACUCAGACGGACCUUCCUAAUAAUAUUCUCAACACUACCGAGAUGCUCUCGUCGUUCUCUUCGAGCUCGUUCGAGCAGCAGCCCGCGUCGCGGCCCGAGCCGCAACACCAUAGUAACGUGUACGUUACCAAGUCGCCGACGGUUCAGUACGUGAGCGCGCAAAAGAUUCCGAGCCAGCCGGAGACGUGCUAUAACAAGUACAACGCAGGUUUGCCGCCGUCGCAAACGGCGCCGGAGACUGUUUCCCUGCUGCAGCAGCCCGUGCAGAACGCGAAGUACGCCUCGACGAUCGUGAUUCAGGGCCGAAGCGGGUACAACAGGGAGAAGCCGCGGCCACGGCUGGCCCACUACUCGAAUCAGAUGCCCAACAGCCAGUACCAGAGUUACUCCCAGCCCAUCCAGGCCCAGCCGGCGCAGCAAAUCGCCACGCAGGCCUUCGAGGGUCGCACCGGCCCCGUGCGCCAGACGUCGCCACAAAUGCAAUAUCUGCAGCCGAAACCCGUUGACACGUACAAGGCGAAACCAGUCCCAAGCAACGCUCGCUCCUUCAAACUGCCCUCCCCUCCCUUGGUGCCCGUCACUUCGCAGCAGGUAGCGGCGAGUGGUUCUAGCUCGUCUGUCGUCCGCAACAAGGAGCAAUACCGCUCGCACAGUCUGCCUCUCGGCGCGCAGUUGAACGCCGAAUGGUUGGUGAGCGUUGGCGCGCCCUCUACGGCCCCAUCGGCCGCGCCCCCUCAGGUGCUCGUCGCGCCGCUCGACUCCGCGCCCGUCAGGCACACGCCAAGGGCGCAUGAGUCGACGGGCGCGCUGCGGCUGCGCUCGCGCUCUACGUCCGGCGGGCUGGGCGAGCCGCGCCGCCCCCCGCCCCUCAACAGCGUCGCCUCGGAGCCCGCGCUGCCCCAGGCGAGCGUCAUGCUCGCGCACCUGCUCUCCGCGCACCACUCCCAAAAUCUAUACAAAAUGAAAGGUAGUGAAGAUAGCGCUGGAGUAACUGACCCCACCGAGUCCCCGAUAAGGAGGGGGCAGCCCUCACCUAUUGAAAACGACGUAAUGUCGCCUCAUCAGUCGCUGUCGCCGCCCACGUCGCCGGGCUCGCCCCGGGCGGGCUCCCCUCGAGAGGCGCGCCGCUCCCACCUCCACACCGAGCAGAAGCGCCGCUACAACAUCAAGAACGGCUUCGACACGCUGCAGACCCUCAUACCGCACCUCAACACGAACCCCGCCGCGAAGAUAAGUAAAGCUGCAAUGUUGCAAAAAGGUGCGGACUACAUAAAACAAUUGAAAGCAGAGAGGAAUCAAAUCAAAGAGGAAAUGGAAAGCUUGCGACAGCAAAUAGAAUGUUUGAAUAAUUCCAUAUCCAACUGCCACUCGCUGCUGCCGGCGACUGGGGCGCCCGUGUCGCGCGCUCGCGCCGGCCGCCUGCGCGAGAUGUUCGCGCGCCACGUCGCCAACCGCACCAUGCACAACUGGAAGUACUGGCUCUUCAGCGUGGUGAGCGCCGCUCUGGUGGAGUCGUUCAGCGCGUGCGUGUCCUGUGGCAGCGGCGCGGAUCUGGUGCGCACCACACUGCUGUGGGCCGAGCAGCACUGCUCCCUAGUCGAGAUGCGACCAGCGGUGCUGAAUUCUCUGCGCGUGCUGUGCACCACUACGGACAUACUGACGAGCCCCGAGCGGUUGCCGGAGGAGGCGCGCGCCGCGGCAGCCGCCUCCGCCGGCGUCAAGCCCGAGCCCACC